AUGCGCCCAGUCUACAAGCGCACCCUCUGGUCGUUGACCUUGGCGUUCCAGGGCAUACGACCGCGAAAAGGCCCGAGUGGCGAGGAACUGCCUAACUCUAGACGACAACGAGCGAAUAAGCUUCAAGGGCGUUUCGCUGUGGUGCUGUUCAAAGGGGACUGGGACUGGCACUUGACCCAAUGGCAAAUGGCGGCUUCCUGGAAGUCGCCUACUCGCAUUUGCCAUCUUUGUGUCGCGACGAAGGUAUCCAAGCAUGGCCAUGGAUUUUGUGACUUCGGAGCCAAUUUCCAACGCCGCACAGUGGCAGACUUUCUGAGCCUGCUUCACCAGCCACUGGCGUGUGAUCUGGUACAUGUACCAGGCUUCAACCACCAGAUGAUCCGAUUCUGUGCUAUGCACGCUCUCGCCCUGGGUGUGUACCAAUCCUUGGCAGCAGACACGUUGUUAUGGAUGUGUCAGCACAACGCUUUCGGUACAAGCAGCGCCGACCUGGAUGUUCAACUGCAACAUGCAUUCGAAGCGUUUAAGCUCUGGAUGAAGAGGUUCGAGAUCAGCGAGUUCCAGAACGACAUGGAGAACAUGGGUCAGCUGUUGACCCUCGAGCAGUCGGUGCAACUUGACCGAAGAGGUGAAAUCGAGGUAGCUAUAGAUUCGCUGAUCGAGCCGUUGCGACCGGCGUGGAGCGCGCUGCUCAUGUCACAAAGCUUGGGUACGAAGCGAAGCUCAAAAUGGGCUCACAACUUGUUGGCUCGAGUGUUGGUUUGA